CAAUCUUGGUAUAGAUUCAUCAAUGCAUUAACAUCAGUAUUUUGUGUAUCCAUCGUAUCCAUAUAUAAAUGUAUAUAAAGCAAAGUGUUUAUAUUGAAGGAACUAAGAGCAAGAACCAAUCGUGUUGAAGAAUUUUACACAAUUGCAAAGCUGCUUUUUCUGCUGAACGCAGCCAAUGAACGGCAGUGCAGCGUGCAGCGAUAUAUUUUUGUCGAAUAUAUUUUUAAAAACCCGUUUACCCGUGUAGAAUCGUGUCAAAAUAUACCUUGUUGGUCUUUGGGACAUACGAGUGUGAUAAGCAUUGUUGAAUUGGAUGUUAAAUUGAAACACAAGUGUGUGAAGUUGCAUAUCAUAAUUGACAAUAAAUUCUAAUAUGUUACAUAUUGUUGAUUAAAGGGAUUUACCUUAAAAUUCAACAUAGUCCAUUAAUAAGCGAUUGACCGUGAUGGCAUCGAGUAGAAGUACGAGAGAAGUUCUGUUGUCACUAGUGGAUGAUAUUGAAUUAAUAGCAAAAGAGAUGAUAGAGAACACAAUUGCUCAGAAGCCUUCAAAGCUUUCGAGCAUAGAACAUGCUCAGUUAACUGAAUUGUUGGUUGCCAAGGAUAAUGAAUUGAAAGCGAUACUGAAACGAGCUGCCGAGCAGGCUAAGAUCAAUCUAAAGAUGGAGGCAUUGAAAGCCGAAGUAGAAAGGCAAGACCAGGAUAUUCAGCAGCUGCAGCGACAGUUGAAGGAGGCAGAGCAAAUCUUAGCUACUGCGAUUUAUCAGGCAAAGCAGAAAUUACUAUCUAUCGCACGUGCCAAUAAAAGGCCAGUUCCUUCAGAAGAGCUUAUCAAGUAUGCACAUAGAAUAAGCGCAACUAAUGCAAUUUGCGCGCCUUUAACAUGGCAGCAGGGAGAUCCCAGGAGGCCGUAUCCCACAGAUAUUGAGAUGAGACUAGGAUACCUAGGACGAUUGAGUGAUCUACCUUUAAACGGACAGUUGCUUGGCUCUCAUCCAGGUAUACCAUCCGAUCUACAUAGGGCAGGACAUCCUGCUGGAGAACCACCUGUUUCACAAUCAAACCAAUUUGCUUGGCAUCCAUCGGGAGAGAUUCAUAUGUCGGUUAGCGGACAGGGCAGCGUAGCUGUAAAUACACAUAAACAGGAAACGGAAGAUGUCGAAGUUAUGUCCACGGACUCUUCGAGUAGCUCAUCUAGCGAUUCUCAGUAGAUAUAAAUAUUAUAUACCGUGUCAGAAGUGCACAAAGUAUUAUUUUCUAAAUAAAUCUCUAUCUGUACAAAAUAUAUAGAGCAUUUCUGAAAGAUUACAUAUUACAAAUCUUGCAUGGUUACUUUCUUUAGCGUCACUUUGGUUAACGUAGCAACUCAAGAAUGCUUAUUCGAUCAUGGAAUGGAACAUAGCGAGUAUUAUAGAGGAGAUUGUAGCAAAGAAAGAAACCAUCAGAAAAAGAAUACAUACAUAGAUCGUGUUUUUUUAUCUAAUUUAGCUAAAAAAAA